AUGUGCUAUUGUUUUCUAGAAGUGAGUCACGUGACUCGGCCGGCACGCCAAGCCACAGCCGUGGAUAACCUCGGCCAGAGCCCCCUCCCGGUAAAGAGGCUGCACGAAGCGCUUCAGAGUGCACAAGUGAAGCGGCAGCGGCUUUCCCCUCCGUAUCCUGCACCCACCGCGUCACUCCAUCCUAUUCAUCAGCUCGCCGUGCACCAGCACAUCAAAGUGCAGCAGAGUAUUGUGCAACAGAGCAUCGUGCAACAGCAUCAGUUGAAUCUAGCCCACCAGUCGUUGCAAAACCUGCAGGCGCAACAGAAUCUGCAAGCCCAGCAAAGUUUACAGGCAGCGCAGAGUCUUCAAGCAGCUCAAAGCCUGCAAGUAGCACAAAACUCUGCAGCUACGGGUGGCGCAGGCACGCAGCAGCCGGCAGGAGCGACACAAGGCGCGCUGGUGCCGCCGCAGCAGCCAUCGCCGCGGCCAGCUUCCCCUCAACACAAGAAUAUGGAGCUCGCGCUCUGCCAAAGCAUGGACUCCGUCAACACCGCAACCACUGAAGAAGAGCGCAAACUAGGAGGAGGCGACACGACAAGAGAAGUGGGCAGCGGUUGUGUUAGGCAAGACAAAUAG